CGGCUAUAUAAUCCACCCACGACAUCACCAGGACGUCCACCCUAUUCUCAAGUUCCAUUCCUCUCUCUCUCUCUCUCUCUUCAACUUAAAAAGCUCAAUUCACAUACAGAAAAGUAUCAUCUCCUAUCUCAGAAAAAAGCAAAAGAUGCGCCUCAAGUUUGCAGUCCUGGCUCUAGCAGUGCUCCUCUUCCAGGCAAACUGCGAGGCGGCGGUCGACGGGGUCAGGGGAAGUGGGUUCGCGAGGACGAACGGGAUACAUUUCGUGGCGAACGGGAAGCCGCUGUACCUGAACGGGUUCAACGCGUACUGGAUGAUGUACAUGGCGUCGGACCCGUCCACCCGGGACAAGGUCACGAGCGCGCUCCAGGAGGCCGCCAAGAAUGGCAUGAACAUCGCCAGGACUUGGGCCUUCAGUGACGGCGGCUACCGGGCCCUCCAGACGUCUCCCGGCGUCUACAACCAAGACAUGUUCAAGGGAUUGGACUUUGUGAUAUCGGAAGCUGGGAAAAACGGAGUGUAUCUGAUACUAAGCUUGGCGAACAACUGGAAUGACUUCGGAGGAAGGCAUCAGUAUGUGCAGUGGGCUCGGAACAGUGGACAGUCCUUGAACAAUGAUGAUGAGUUCUUCACUAACUCAGUCACCAAGGCUUAUUACAAGAAUCAUAUCAAGGCAGUUCUGACGAGAAUGAACACUGUAACGGGAAUGGCGUACAAGGACGAUCCUACCAUCUUUGCAUGGGAACUCAUGAACGAGCCUCGUUGCCCGUCCGACCCCUCUGGCAAAUCUCUUCAGGACUGGGUGAACGAAAUGGUGGCAUACGUGAAGUCGAUCGAUAGUAAUCAUAUGUUGGAAGUUGGACUCGAAGGGUUCUAUGGGCAAUCGGUUCCAGGGAAGCAGCAGAUCAAUCCUGGCGGCUUGCUUAUUGGGACUGAUUUCAUCUCCAACAACCAACUCCCCCAGGUCGACUUCGCCACAAUGCACUUGUACCCGGAACAAUGGCUGCCUAGUGCAAGCGAGGGAGAGCAAGCUGCAUUUGUGGACAAGUGGGUUCAAGUCCACAUUCAGGACUCCAACACCAUCCUCAAUAAACCAAUCAUACUCGGCGAAUUCGGCAAGUCAUCGAAUUCAUCGGGUUACAGCUUAGCAAAGAGGGACAGCUAUUUCGGGAGGCUGUAUGAUGCGAUCUACACGAGUGCAAGCAAGCAAGGGUCGUGUGCCGGAGGUCUCUUUUGGCAACUGCUUGCUCAAGGCAUGGAUGACUUCAGCGACGGGUACGAAGUCAUAUUAGAGCAAAGCCCUUCCACAGCUAGUGUCAUCGCUCAACAGUCUCGCAAGAUGUCAUCUCUUACAUGACAAGAAGGCGACGAAGAUAGAAGGAAAUAAGAAUAAAUGAAUUCCGCUGCUUUGUGAUUUAGAUGUGUGAAACUUAUAUUGAUUUGCUACUUAAAAGCAGUGAAAAUUGUGUUACGGAGAAUUUAGGAGGAAUACAGAGUUAUUUUAUCAGACAUCAAUCAUAUAUGACUUCGAUGUUCGUACUUUAAUUGUCAUUGUAGCAUGUGUGUAUAAAUAUAUAAAUGGGUAUAUAUCUUGCAAAA